UCUGGCUCUUUGGGAACUUGUCAUGUGACUGAGGGGUAUCUGGUUCUGGGGAUGAGAGCUCGGUGAGUGAAGACGAGCCGGAUAUGAAUGAAUCCACAUGGACCGAUAAAUCUGGGACCCCCAGUGAAGACGAGAAGAUGCGGAGCCCACACAAUUUGCAGGGUGCGGAUGACGAUGAUUCUUCUUCAGAGAGCUGUAAUGGGAAUGUCUUCUCCACAUUGAACCCGUCCACUGUCCCACCUAGUACAGCUCGAGAUGCAUCACUUCCUGAUAUAAAUGGGAAUUCCACAGGCUCUACUGUGGAACUCACUGCCUCAACUGAAGACCAACCCAUCAAUCUCAGUGACAAGGUGCGCCCAUCUGUUGGAGUUCCACCAUACCCAACUGAUGGCUGUACCACUGAAGCCCUACGUAAUCGUGGAAAAUAUGUCCUCAAGGCAGAGUCUCCACCUUAUAGCUCUGGAAGUUACGACUCCGUUAAGACAGAUGUUAGCGGAUGCGCUGAAGACCUGACGGUUGGACGGACUCCUGUAGGUGAUGACGAUGAUGAUGAUGACCAUGAAGAUAACGAUCGAAUCACAGACACAGAAGGGCUGGACCCUGAACGUCUCAAAGCUUUUAAUAUGUUUGUUCGUCUGUUUGUGGAUGAAAACCUUGACCGCAUGGUUCCCAUUUCCAAACAACCCAAGGAGAAGAUUCAAGCCAUUAUCGAGUCCUGCAGCCGCCAGUUUCCAGAAUUCCAAGAGCGCGCACGCAAACGCAUCCGCACAUACCUGAAAUCCUGCCGACGCAUGAAGAAGAAUGGAAUGGAGAUGGUGAGAACAGAAGCGAGAGAUUCCGGUGUGAAAUACCUGCAGGCCAGGCCAACCCCACCUCAUCUUACCUCUGCCAUGGCGGAAAACAUACUGGCAGCCGCCUGUGAGAGUGAGUCACGGAAAGCUGCCAAGAGAAUGAGGCUUGAAAUCUACCAGAAUGCUCAGGAAGACAGCGUUUCAAUGGAGAAACCCGCAGGACUUGCACAAUCCACAUACUCUCUGCCGUCAGGCACCUUUAACCAGGACCCUGUGUAUGUGAAUGGUAGUCUCCAUUAUACCUACCGCGGAUACGGGCCCAUCGGAGGGAACCUUCCACCUCCCACUCCAGUGCCAACCGGAAACCACAGCAACGGUCCAACUGACCUCAGUAUGAAAGCUUUGGCUACCGGUAGCACUCACUCCAAUGCCACCAACAGGGCAAUCCCAUGUGCCCAACUCAGUCCCACCGAGAUCGGCGCCGUUCGGCAGCUCAUUGCUGGGUAUCGAGAAUCGGCGGCCUUCCUGUUGCGCUCUGCUGAUGAACUGGAAAACUUAAUACUGCAGCAGAAUUGACUGGUGCUUCUGCUUGACCUCCAACCUCAAAUUCUUGUUUUAAGUCUGGGACAAGUCAAAGAGACGUCUCCUCACCCUCCAGACAAAAAGUCACAGGCACUGAACCUGCCAUAUGUCCUCCGCAGGAGCCGUGCUGUGCAUUUCACAGGGACAUAUGGGGACUGUCUCUGCACCAAUAGGUUUCCCUUUUGCACCCUACGUCUAGAAUGAAAUCUCUCCAGCCCAGCUGACAAGAACCACUUAUUUAUUGAGAACGGAAUUUCUUUUAGUAAUUUAUUUUUCUGACAAUGUUUUCUUUUUUUUUUUUGUACAGAAUAGUUGUUUGUAUCUGUUUAAUGAACUGUAGCAUUGAACUGACAUUCCAUCUCCCCCCUGCACUUACACUUUCUCACCAACUUGAUGAACCCUAAAUCCCAUCUCUGUAUCAAUCUACUGUUCUCAUUCCAUCCCCCCAAAUUACUUCAGCCCUAAAGCCAUCUGCCACAGCAUUACCCCAUCCUGCCUCAUCUUUUUUUGUACCUUUAAUAACGUCCUAAAAUUUACCUCCCUGCCCUCUAAAGCAUCUGAUCAUCUAACUCGGCCUUAAAACCGUCCUGCCAUCUACCUUCUCAUCCUUACCAGUAUCCCAUCAAGUUUUAACAGUGAUCUUUUAUCUGCCUUCAUGUCUCUAACACUGUCCCAUCACCUACCUCCUUGCCCUCAACACUGCACAACUCGUUCUGUGUUCUUAACCAUCACAGCUAUUGUUCUUUCCAUACCCACAAAUUUCAUACCUUGUUUCUUUAUAACCGUAUAUAAAAUCCCAUCAUCUAUCUCUCUGCCCUUAACCCCAUCCCACCAUCCUUCUUCUUUCACUUAGACCAGU